UUCACCUUCAUUCCACCCUUGCGGAGAGGAAGAACUCUCCAAUUUUUCUGUUGAUAGUGAUAAAAAAAUACCAUAGCAACAAUGGGAAGCCUAAUGGGAGUGAUCAAAGGGAUUUAUUACGACCCCUUCAAGUGGUCGAUUAUUAAGAGCGUCGGGGUCUUCGCGGUGGGUGUCUCCAUCGCCCUGGAGUGUCGAGGGGUAGAUUUUAUGCAGCCAAUAUCACCAUAGUCAUCCGGAUCUAUUCAUCAAGCUGAACCGCUCCACAUUGUCACGAAAAAUAUGUGAAAAAUUACAGCAAAAAACCCAGAAGCUUCUAAAAUCAUUAGCUUUCUUUUUUAUGUCAUGUUUUGUUGAUACUCCAUUUAUUUUGUAUAAAAAAAAAAUAUAUCUCGUCACAAACUAAAUAUGAAACCUCUAAACCAAUUCUCUUGAUUCUAAAAAAACAAGAAAUCUCUUUCUGAAAAAUUAAAAAAAUCAUUCGGCUUAAAAGUCACGUUUUUCGAUUGAAUAAAAAUUUGAUAAAAAAAUUCUUUGGAGUUGAUCCAGCUGAUGUCACUCUAACCUAUCAGUCACAACUCGGCUCCAAAAGUUAAAGUGUAUCCCUAGACCUGAGAGCCUCAAAAACGGUGAAAAAAUCCCAAAAAAUUAAAAAAUAACAUUAAAACCUUGAAAAUGUACAAAUUAUCGUCGAUUCUCCAUAAAGUCAAGUGAAUAGUCUGACAGAUAACAUAACCAAAAACACAAAAUAAAUAUUACCACCCCCCCCCUUCAAAAAUAAAAAAUAUUCGGCUUAAAAGUCACGUUUUUCGAUUAAAUAAAAAUUUGAUAAAAAAAAUCUUUGGAGUUGAUCAGCUGACGUCACUCUAACCUGUCAGUCACAACUCGGCUCCAAAAGUAUAUAAAAGUGUAUCUCCAACCUAAGAGCCUCAGAUCACCUCAGACAGUGAAAAAAAAAAUCCCAAAAAAUUAAAAAACAACGUUAAAACCUUGAAAAUGUAAAAAUUAUCAUUAAUUCUCCAUAAAAUCAAGUGAAUCCCCUCUUCCAGUGAAUAAUCUGACAGCUAACAUAGCCAAAAACUCAACAUAAAUAUUCCCCCCCCCCUCCAAAAAUAAAAAAAAUCGAUCAAAUUCGAAAAAUCAAAUGCCCUUAAAACCUUGUUCGGAGUUACCUAAAACUGUCGACCAAAGUGCCAGAUUAAGAGUUUGUUCCUAGACCUCAAACCCCCACAACCAUUGAAAAGAAAGCAAAUAAAGACCUCAAAAAAUCAAAAGUCCAAAAUUAAGCCCCCGAAAGGAUUAAAUCGCCGCCAAUUCCCCCUAAAAUCGAGUGAAUCCUUCGAAUACCCAAUCUGCCACCAAACAAUCAAAAACUCAAUAUGAAAUUUCCCCCGCAGUCUAUAAAAAGUGAGUCACCCCUCCCGAAAGACCCAGAAUAAAUAAAACCAUUUUCAAAAACCCCCAAAAAAUGACUUCCUUCCCCCACCCCCUGCCCUCCCGUCCUGUGGUGAUCGGUAUCUCCCUCUUCUUCGCGUUCUUCACCCUCUCGAUGAUCACCUACCAGAUCCUGACCCUGACGCACCCCUCGUCCGACCAAAUCUACCAGCGACUGGUGCUGGGCGACCUCUCGACGAUGCCCACAGUGCGCCUGUCCCCCACCUCCCCGAGGACGACCACCACGAACAUCACGUGCACCCACUUCACCUGCUUCAACAUCUACAGAUGUGGCUUCCGGGGUAACAAGCUCCUGGUGUACGUCUACCCCCCGAAGACCUUCCGGGACUCAUCAGGAGGCAGGUCAACACCCCCGAUGUCCAGGGAGUACUACGAGUACCUCUCAGCGAUAAUCGCGAGUCCCUUCUACACGCCAAACCCCAAGGAGGCGUGUCUAUUCGUUCCCUCCUUGGACACCCUGAACCAGAAUCGCCUGGACCUGAAGAUGACGUCGCAGUCGUUGAAGUCCCUAGAGUUCUGGAACAAUGGGGAGAACCACCUGAUCCUGAAUAUGGUGCCAGGGGGUCUUCCGGACUACAACAGCACGUUGGACGUGGCCGUGGGUCGGGCAAUCCUGGCGACCGGGGGGCCGUCCUCCCUGACAUUCAGGAAUAACUUCGACGUGAGUGCUCCCGUCUUCAGUCCAGCGGCAGCUGCCCUCCGCCAGAAGUCGCCGGAGAGGCGGAAGCACCUGGUGGUGUCCUCUCAGAUGAACAUCAAUCUGGCGUUUGAGCAGGAUCUCAUGGAGAUCGCGGCCAUCCACAAGGAGUUACUCAUCCUGGGGGCUUGUCUACAUCAUAACCCGAUGACUUCGAAAAUCAGGUGUCUGGGGGAGAAGGUUUACAAGUACCCGGAUAUCUUGCAGACGUCCAACUUUUGUCUGGUCAUCAGGGGGGCCAGACUGGGGCAGAGUGUGCUGAUGGAUGCACUGGCAUCCGGGUGCAUUCCGGUUAUUGUCUCGGAUUCCGUGGUGAUGCCGUUUACUGAGGUGAUCGACUGGCGACGAGCGGCAGUCUUCAUCCGAGAAGUGGACAUCCGGACGUUAGUAUCAACCCUGCAGGCAAUUUCGCCAAAGCGCGUCGAAGAGUUGCGACGCCAAUGCAACUGGCUAUGGAGAACAUACUUCAAGUCCAUGGAGAGAAUCACCUCCACCCUUCUGGAGAUCCUCUCGGACCGUGUAUUCCCCCACCUCUCCAGGGACUACAACUACUGGAACGUUCCAGAAGUCAGCAAGACCCCGCUCUUCCUCCCGAUAACAGCGCCGAAGACCCACGGCUUCACAGCUGUAAUCCUGACGUACGACCGAGUGGAGCUGCUGUUCUCCUUGAUAAAUAAAAUCGUCCAGGUGCCCAGUCUGUCGAAGGUCCUCGUCAUCUGGAACAACCAGAGGAAGGACCCACCACCUCCCUCCAGAUGGCCCAAGCUGAACAAGCCCCUGCAGGUCAUCAAGACGAAGGAGAACAAGCUGUCGAACAGAUUCUACCCUUACGAGGAGAUCGAGACAGAGGCUAUUCUAUCAAUUGACGACGACAUCAUCAUGCUGACGUCGGACGAAGUCGAGUUUGCUUACGAAGUCUGGAGGGAAUUUCCGGACAGGAUUGUUGGCUUCCCAUCAAGGACGCACACCUGGGACAACACCACGAACCUCUGGAAGUACGAGAGCGAGUGGACCAACAGGAUCUCGAUGGUUCUGACUGGGGCAGCCUUUCAUCACAAAUACUGGAGCUAUCUGUACACCACGUCAAUGCCAGGGGGCAUAAAAUCCUGGGUGGACGAGCACAUGAACUGUGAAGACAUCGCUAUGAACUUUCUGGUGGCUAAUGUCACUGGGAAGGCACCCAUCAAGGUCACGCCGAAGAAGAAGUUCCGGUGUCCUGAGUGCACCAACACCGAGAUGCUCUCGGCUGAUCUGGCUCAUAUGGCGGAGAGAACUCAGUGUAUCAACAGGUUCAGUAGGAUCUAUCAUACCAUGCCCCUCAAGUCGGUGGAGUUCAGGGCCGAUCCGGUCCUGUUCAAGGAUGUCUUCCCCGAGAAACUCAAGAGGUUCAAUGCAAUCGGGAGUUUGUAAUUUGGUUACAGUGGUUUAAUCCCUGUUCUUUGGAUUUUGGUACGUUUUUUUAUAAUUCAUGGAGACGUGGGCUGAUGAAGAAAUAAUAAAUCUUUAUUUGGGGAAGAUAA